UCAAAUCUUCACAGGAGUCUUCACAGACACAGAGAUGCUUCUCUCUGCCCUUCUUGUGCUGGGCGUCUGCCUGAUUCCUGCUCACUCCAAACCAGCAGGGGAACAACUCGGCAGUCCUCUUCUUCAAACCUGUUUUGAGGAGGCAAAGAAAAUUGUUGACGAUGCUUACAAGUACUCAAGAGAAGAGAGUCUGAGACGGGUCCGUAAAGAGGUGGUGCGUCCUCAGGAUGCUCUCCGCCUGCUGAAGCAGCCUCGCGGUGGAACGCGCUCAGCUGUGAGAUCUGCAGACUACAUGGCACAAACCCUCCGCCUGCUACAGGAGAGGGUGCAUCAUGUGCACAAACGCUCAUUCAACGUAACAGAUUUGCUCUCUGAAGAGGACCUGAAUAAGCUGUCAGAAAUAACUGGAUGUGCAAGUCAAGUCACUUUUCCUUCAUGCCGCACAACACCAAACCUCAACAGGUAUCGCACAGCCACCAGCGUCUGCAACAACAUAAAAAACCCGCGCCUCGGAUCCUCCAACACCCCUUUCGCCCGUUGGCUUCCUGCUGAGUAUGACGACGCCAUCUCCCAACCGAAGGGCUGGGACAUAACUCGAAGAUUCAACAACUUCUCGCUCCCACUGGUGCGACAGGUGUCCAACAACAUCCUGAGCACAACAGACGCGGGCGUGGUCAACGACCGAGAAUACACUCACAUGGUGACCAUGUUUGGUCAAUGGAACGACCAUGAUCUCACCAUCACGCCAUUUUCCCCCAGCAUCCGCUCCUUCAGCAACGGCAUCAACUGUGACGAGAGCUGUGAGAAAACCGAGCCAUGCAUACCCAUCCCGAUUCCUCCCGGCGACCCCCGCUUGCCCACCGGCCGAAACAGUUGCAUCCCUGCGUUCAGAUCGGCCCCUGUUUGCGGUUCAGGAUACUCCGCCUACAAUUUUGGCGGGGAACCUAAAAAGAGAGAGCAGAUCAACGCGCUGACGGCCUUCCUGGAUCUGGGCCAGGUAUACGGCUCUGAGGAGCAGCUCGCCAAGUAUCUCCGAGAUCCCGACAGUGACGGUGGUUUGCUGCGCGUUAACACCGAGUUCAGAGACAACAGACGUGAGCUGCUGCCCUUCCACCCUAUGCAGGCGAAUAUGUGCGCCACUCGCAGGAGGGUCACCAACGACACCAACGCCAGAGAGGUGCCCUGUUUCAUCGCAGGUGACGUCCGCGUUGACGAGAACAUCGCUCUCACAUCUAUUCACACUCUGUUCAUGCGUGAGCACAACCGCCUGGCCCGGCAGCUGAAGAGAAUAAACCCGCAGUGGGACAGUGAGAUGCUCUACCAGGAGGCCCGCAAAAUCAUGGGGGCUUACACACAGUUGUUUGUGUUCAGGGACUAUCUGCCUCACAUUGUGGGUCCUGAAGCAAUGCGUAGACAGCUUGGCCGUUACCCCGGCUACAAUGCUAACGUGGACCCCGGCAUCGCCAACGUCUUCGCUACAGCAGCUUACCGCUUCGCCCACUUGGCCAUCCAGCCUGUCGUAUUCCGUCUGGAUGAUAACUACAGGGAGAACUCCCGCUUACCCAGCGUGCCUUUGUACGAGGCCUUCUUCACCCCCUGGAGGGUCGUCUUCGAGGGGGGCAUUGACCCCGUGCUCCGUGGUCUGGUUGGACGUCCUGCUAAGCUGAACACUCAGGAUCACAUGAUGGUGGACGCUCUGAGGGAGCGCUUGUUCCAGUUUGUGAUGACUCUGGCUUUGGAUCUUGGUUCUCUUAACAUGCAGAGGGGGCGUGACCACGGCUUGCCUGGCUACAACGCCUGGCGCAAGUUAUGUGGCCUGUCUCAGCCAGGGAACCAGAGAGAGCUUGCUCAAGUUUUGAACAACACCAACCUGGCCCGUAAGCUGCUGCAGCUCUACGGGACCCCCGCCAACAUCGACGUCUGGAUGGGAGGCGUGGCGGAGCCGUUUGUCCGUGGCGGCCGCGUGGGGCCUCUGUUUGCCUGCCUCAUCGCAUCACAGUUCCAGAGGAUCCGCCAGGGGGACAGGCUGUGGUACGAGAACCAGGGCGUGUUCUCCCCGGCUCAGAGAGCGGCUCUGUCCACCUCCACCAUAUCCAGGAUCAUCUGCGACAACACCGGCAUCUCGUCUAUCCCUACCGACGCCUUCAGCGUCAUCUCAAACCGCAACAGACUUGUCCGUUGCUCCAGCAUCCGACGCCUGAACCUGUUCGCCUGGAGGGACAGGUGCAGAGGCUGUAAACAACCUAGAGGAAACCCAGGAACCCCGGGAACCCCAGGAACCUCAAGAGCCAAAGUCUCCCCAGGCACAUCAGGAACCUCAAGAGCCCCAGGUUUCCCAGGAACCUCAAGUACCCCAGUCUCCCCAGGCACAUCAGGAACCUCAAGAGCCCCAGGUUUCCCAGGAACCUCAAGUACCCCAGUCUCCCCAGGCACAUCAGGAACCUCAAGAGCCCCAGGUUUCCCAGGAACCUCAAGUACCCCAGUCUCCCCAGGCACAUCAGGAACCUCAAGAGCCCCAGGUUUCCCAGGAACCUCAAGUACCCCAGUCUCCCCAGGCACAUCAGGAACCUCAAGAGCCCCAGGUUUCCCAGGAACCUCAAAUACCCCAGUCUCCCCAGGCACAUCAGGAACCUCAAGAGCCCCAGGUUUCCCAGGAACCUCAAAUACCCCAGUCUGCCCAGGUACAUCAGGAACCUCAGGAUGUGAGGGGUCUCCAGGACAACGAGAUCCAUUAGCAUCAAACAUAAAAAAAGACCAGCUGCCAGCUCUUCCCAGCAAUGCUUCACUGUCAAACUCUGCCUUCUCCGUCCGCCUGGGCGAGUACAGCCCCUCCUCAGAGAGAAUCAUCCGUUUCCAAGAGGUCAUCUACAACAAACAGGGCCAAUACAGCACAGAGACGGGCCAGUUCACCUGCGUCAUGCCCGGUGUUUAUCAAUUCAGCUUUCUCUGCAAAUCCUUCCUCAGUUCAGGAAAUGUAGACCUGAUUCGUAACAACAAGGUGGCGCUGCGCAGCUUCAAGGUUUUUCUGGGAGGUCUGCACAUGUCAGCAGGGGACAUGCUGCUCUGGCUCAGGGCGGGGGACAAAGUGUGGCUGGAGGCGAGUGGCGGGACGGUCGGCCUGAGCACAGAGAGCUACUUCUCCGGUCACUGGCUUUACGCUGCGUGACUCAAACGCUUCUCCUUACAGCCGCUCUAUUAAACCCAUGGUCUGUCUGUCAAGAUCUGCAUUCCUCUCUGCACUGAGCUUCACUUUACAUUAAUCACAUCUUAAAACAUAUCUAUGAUUUAUGAUUUACUUUUUUUUUAUCAGUAAUAUGAACAAAUAUUGGAUAGUUUGAAGCAGCCUUACCAACAUGAAAUGUUUUGCCUCAAAUCUGUUCAGAUCUGUUACAGCAUGCAGUCUAUUGGACCAAAAAUAAAUCAGUAGCCAACUUUUAUGAUGUGAUUUAAAAGUGUUUUUAUUAAUAUUUAUGACAAUGUAAUGUAAGACAGUGUUGUGCUUAGUCUUUGAGGCUUACUUACUGUAAAUGUUCCUGUUUCGUUUCACUUUCUAUAAAUAAACUAAAGAGACUAGCAGAAA